UUCUAUCCACCACUGCUUCUUCUUCUUCUACAUGCACUGAUCUACUUCAACAGAUCAUUCUCUCAAAACACACGUUUCUCUCACUCUCUGUGCCUCUGAUCAUAAUUCAUUCAUUCAAUUAAGUGUCAAAGAUGGCAGAGGGAAGAGGAAUUGAAGCAGCAGCUCAUAAAUCUCUUGAGGAUUUUGAUCCUCAAAGGAAGCCCAAAAGCAGCAAGUUUGCUUUUGCUUGUGCCAUAUUGGCUUCCAUGACUUCUAUUUUACUUGGUUAUGAUAUUGGAGUGAUGAGCGGAGCAGUGAUAUACAUAAAACGAGACCUCAAAUUAUCAGACGUGCAAAUCGAAAUCCUCGUCGGCAUCAUCAACCUCCACUCUCUGGUAGGCUCAUGCCUCGCCGGCAGAACCUCCGACUGGAUCGGACGCCGUUACACAAUCGUCCUCGCUGGAGGCAUCUUCUUCACCGGCGCCCUCCUCAUGGGAUUCUCCCCCAACUACUCUUUCCUAAUGUUCGCACGCUUCAUAGCCGGCAUCGGCAUUGGCUACGCCCUCAUGAUCGCCCCCGUUUACACCGCCGAAGUCUCCCCCGCUUCCUCUCGUGGCUUCCUCACCUCCUUCCCCGAAGUUUUCAUCAAUGGAGGGAUCUUACUUGGAUACAUUUCAAACUACGGAUUUUCAAAGCUUUCACUAAGCUUAGGAUGGAGGUUGAUGCUCGGAAUCGGGGCGGUUCCGUCGGUGAUUCUGGCAGUCGGAGUUUUAGCCAUGCCGGAGUCACCUCGCUGGCUCGUAAUGAAGGGGAGGCUUGGAGAAGCAACGAAAGUCCUCAACAGAACCUCCGAUUCAAAGGAAGAAGCUCAGCUCAGGCUCGCCGAAAUCAAAGCCGCCGCCGGAAUCCCCGAAUCCUGCACCGACGACGUUGUUCACAUCACCAAGAACAGCCACGGCGGCGGUGGCAGCGGCGGCGAAGUGUGGAAGGAGCUGUUCCUUCAUCCAACACCGGCGGUGCGUCACAUCCUCAUCGCGGCUCUCGGGAUCCACUUCUUCCAGCAAGCAUCGGGAAUCGACGCCGUCGUUUUGUACAGUCCCACCAUCUUCCGCAAGGCGGGGAUCGAAUCCGACACGGAGCAGCUCCUCGCCACCGUGGCCGUCGGAUUCUGCAAGACGUUCUUCAUCCUGGUGGCGACGUUUUUGCUGGACCGGGUCGGGCGUCGGCCGCUGCUGCUAACGAGCGUGGGCGGCAUGGUGAUCUCGCUUUUCACGCUCGCGGCGAGCCUAACCGUCAUUGAUCACGCAAACCACGGGAAGGUGAUGUGGGCCGUUGGAUUAAGCAUCGCAACGGUUUUGUCCUACGUGGCAACUUUCUCCAUUGGUGCGGGCCCCAUUGCGUGGGUGUAUAGCUCGGAGAUUUUCCCGUUGAGGCUGCGCGCUCAGGGUGCGGCGGUGGGAGUGGUGGUGAACAGAGUCACCAGUGGGGUGAUCUCAAUGACGUUUUUGUCCCUGUCAAAUAAGAUCACCAUUGGUGGAGCUUUCUUCCUCUUCGGUGGAAUCGCCACGUGUGGGUGGAUCUUCUUCUAUAUCCUGCUCCCUGAAACACAGGGGAAGACCCUAGAGGAAAUGGAAGGGUCUUUUGGUAAAAUAUUUGGAGUGAAAUCCAGCGCCAAGAGUGUGGGAAAUGAUAAUGGCGGGAUUCAGUUAGCCAAUUAGGGACCAACAGAAUAAUCGUGUUUAAUUGUUAGUUAGUUAAGUUAGUUAUAAUAGUGAGUGAUUUGAAAGUGAGUUUGUAGUUUGUACUACUACUACUACGUCUUUGAUGCUCAGGACAAUAUGAAUAAUUUAUUAAAUGCUGCAUUUAAAAUUGGGUCAUGAUCUUUCAUUUUCUAGUGGAUUUUCAUCAUUGGGACAACCAAACAUGAAUUGGUCUUUGUUUUCGUUUAACCCCCCCCCCCAACCUGUGCUUUUAAGAAUCAGACCAGUUCUACAAAGACACGUACAUGCACAAAGCAGGUGUGAAGGUAUGGCGGGGAUGGAAGCAUAUGAUGAUUGUACUUGGAUUCAUUGCAUCAUGUUACUGAUUGCAAACAUGUUAGGCUGCAGA